AUGCAGACUGUUUAUGUGCGAUUUGUUGGUGGCAGGACCAUCGACGCCGAGAAGAUGCGCCAGCUGAUGGCCACCCCCGACGGCAUGGGCCGCGCCAUCUCCUUCACCAAAUACAACCGCUACGACGAGAUCCAGGCCUACCUGCAGGAGCUGGCGUCUUCCUACCCCAGCAUCGUCACUGUUGGCAGCCUUGGCACCUCGUCUGAGGGCCGCGCCAUCCCGCUCAUCAAGAUCUCCACUGGAGGCAACGGGAACCGCCCCGUAGUCUUCGUGGACGCCGGCAUCCACGCCCGCGAGUGGAUCGCCCCGGCCAUGGCCCUCUACAUCAUCCAGCAGCUGGUGGAGAACCCGUCCAACGCUGACCUCAUCGCCAACGUCGACUGGCACAUCGUCCCGCUGCUCAACCCCGACGGCUACGAGUACUCGCAGACCUCUUACCGCCUGUGGCGCAAAACACGAUCUGUUACCACCCGUUGCACCGGCUCCGACACCAAGAACGGCGUUGAUGCCAACCGCAACUUCGACUUCCACUGGAUG